GUGGAAACAUCUUCGUUGUCGAAGGUGAAGGUAAGUGCCUCGACACAAACUGGAACCCUAAGCUGACAUGCUAUCGCCAGAAUGGAGACUGCCGUAGAGGCUCACCUGGUAGCGACGUGAUCAACAAGGAGAUGCUCAGCUACAUCAAUGAAACUGCCUCUCACAAACCGACGUCUAACCAUCUGGCUACGAUCCAGGCACUUUGGCAGUAUGAUGUCGACUCUGUAGGAAGGAUGCUCGCUGACGGGUCGAAUAUCCUCAAGGAUUCGCAACUCAGCGGCCUCCACGAGGAACUCGUUGAUGUUAUCCCACAGCUGAA